GGGAGUGCAGGAUGGAGGCAGCCCAUUGGACCAGCCCCUCUCACAGCGCCGCGUCCGCCAAUGGGCAGCGGCCUGGGCGGGGCGUCGGCGCGCGGGGGCGCCUUGAGCAGCGGCUGCGUGGCCGCCCUCGUGGACCAGCCUUCGACGGCGUCUCGUGUGUGCAGGGCCUGCCGGAAGACGUCGGAGGUGCCGGAUCCUGUUCGUGGAGCCAUGUCUCGGCCGGAAGCCGGCGCCAACGCCUCCUCCUGGGUCGUUGCUUCUCGGCGGGGCGCGGCGCUGCUUCGGGCUCCGGAAAGGAGCCCGGAGAAGGAGCCGAGCCAAGGCGGUCGCGGAGGCCAGAAGGCCGGCGGAGGUGGCGGCUGGAGGGGCCACUCCGGCGUCCAGCAGCCCGUGGGCGCUGGUUUCCAGGAGCCGCCGCUCUCCUUCAGCCUGAAGAACAGCUGGGUGGGCGCGGUGAUCGGGCGUGGUGGGUCAAAAAUAAAAGAGAUCCAGAGCUCAACAUACACCAAAAUACAGAUAAUAAAAGGGUACCCUGAAGCGGAAGUAAGAAUUUUUGGCACCAAGGCAAUGCAGAGCAAAGCGAAAACAGUGAUAGAUAAUCUUGUUCAAGAACAAGAAGACUACAAAACGGAACCCAAAGUUGAUGUUGCUGUUGUCCAACCUUCGGAUGGAAAAGAUGCAAGGAAAGAUGUUUCAGGAAAUCAGAAAUUGGUUGAUUGGGAUAAGUGCCGAGAAAAUAUUUUGAAAUGGAGCAAAAAAAAGUGGGCAGGUUUACCUCCAAUUAAGAAAAACUUUUACGUGGAGUCAGAAACAACAAGUUCAAUGUCACAAGACCAAGCAGACAAUUGGAGGAGGGAAAAUUAUAAUAUAAUGUGUGAUGACUUGAAAGGUGGUGAGAAACGUCCUCUUCCCAACCCUAUUGGUAAUUUUGAGGAUGCAUUUCACUGUUAUCCUGAAGUUAUGAGAAACCUUCAAAAGGCAGGUUUUCAAAGGCCCACACCAAUUCAGUCACAGGCAUGGCCAAUCAUUCUACAAGGAGUAGAUCUUAUAGGAGUAGCUCAGACUGGAACGGGGAAGACAUUGACGUACUUAGUGCCUGGAUUUAUUCAUAUUGACUCACAACCUCUAGCCAGGAAUGGGCCGGGCAUGUUAAUCCUCACCCCGACUCGAGAACUAGCUCUGCAAGUGGAAGCCGAGUGCCGUAAAUAUUCAUAUAAAGGUCUUAAAAGUGUUUGUAUAUAUGGUGGUGGCGAUAGAGAUGGACAAAUAAAAGACUUAGCGAAAGGUGUCGAUAUCAUUAUUGCCACUCCCGGAAGACUCCACGAUCUACAAAUGAAUAACUUUGUGCACCUGAAGAGCGUAACUUACCUGGUAUUAGAUGAAGCUGACAAGAUGCUGGAUAUGGGAUUUGAACCCCAGAUAAUGAAGAUUUUAUUAGAUGUACGCCCAGACAGGCAGACAGUUAUGACAAGUGCAACGUGGCCAUGUGCUGUCCGUAGACUCGCACAAUCUUAUUUGAAAGAGCCCAUGAUUGUGUAUGUUGGUACUUUGGAUCUAGUUGCUGUAAGUACCGUGAAACAAAAUAUAAUUGUCACCACAGAAGACGAGAAACAAUCGCAUAUCCAAACUUUCAUCGAGAGCCUGUCUCCCAAAGACAAAGUCAUAAUAUUUGUCAGCCGGAAAGCUGUGGCUGAUCAUUUAGCAAGUGACCUGAGUAUCCGGCAUAUAUCAGUAGAGUCUCUGCAUGGCAACAGAGAACAGAGUGAUCGAGAGAGAGCACUAAAAAACUUUAGAACAGGGGAAGUGCGAAUACUGAUUGCUACCGAUUUAGCAUCUCGUGGUCUCGAUGUCCAUGAUGUCACACACGUCUAUAAUUACGAUUUUCCCCGGAACAUCGAAGAAUAUGUGCACAGAGUAGGGCGCACCGGGAGAGCAGGGAGGACCGGGGUAUGUGUUACCCUCAUCACUAGAAAUGAUUGGAAGAUUGCUGGUGAAUUAAUUAAUAUUCUGGAAAGAGCAAACCAGAAUUCAAGAUUUUUUUUGAGAUAUAUUUAUUUAAGAUACUGUGGAAGUAUUGGAAGCACGCUGGCAGUAUGAAGAGAUGACUGAGUCUUUAAUAGUGUUUAAAAUGUAGAAUUCAGUAUUUUAUAUUAAUAAGAUCAAAAGUAUUUAAACUUGAGUUGAACAUUUUUUAUUGGUAUUAAGGAAUGUAGCAUUAAAAUUUCACAUUUUGCUAUCUUUAUUUUAAAAAAAGAAAUAAACGUAAAUUUUGUCUCCUAUAAUGUUGCUGUAUUAAGGUCAAUCUUUAAAGGGUUUCAAGCUUGUUCAGAUGUUGUCAUAGCAGUGAAAAUGCUGUUAACACAAUAAAUUAUUUUCUGUGAUAAAAAGACAAGCUGAUCCGUCUUUCCCAAUAGCCCUUUAAUUUUGUGUUUACCACAUAGUGUUUUAUUUGCUGGUACUUUUCUUACUACUUUAUCUACUUUGAAAUGAAACAGUAAAAAGAUUUCAUGGGGCCAAACUAUGCAACAGCUGUUUGUUAAAUUUUAGCCUAGUGCUCGAGGAUCAAGUAAAUCCUGGGUAAAUUCAUUUCCCCGAAAGCUUUGACUAAUCAUGGCCCCUACUUUCCCUUAUAGUUCUGUGUAGUUUUCUGUUCCCUGCAUGAUAAUUACUUAUACCAUGUUAUCAUCUGUCGGAAGUUGAAUAGUAGUGAGGAAAUACGUUCAUCAUACAAGAACCACAAACACCCACCAAAAGGUGUAUGUAAUGAGAAUAAAUUUUUGUAAUAAGUUUCAUUAUGUGAAAAUGCAUUAAAAUUAGUGAAAUACUAACAUUAAUUUGGGCUACUGACAGGUUUUCAGCGAAGCUGGGCUAGGCUAACAGCUAGGAGCCCAUCUUUCCCUAAAAGUGCAGAAUGAAACGUAAAAAGAAUACACAGUGGGGACAAAAGACAGUCUCUUCAGUAAGUAGUGCUGGGAAAACUGGACAUCUGGUUAUAAAAGACCACGAUCAGAACACGCUGGGGAGUGUGGGGAGGGCAGCCCCGGGGCUGAGGGGCUCGGGAUGCAGCCAGGGGCUGCCGGGUCCCGUGGGCUGGUUGCUGCCGGUUCAAGGCCCGCCCCGCUGCUGCCCCGGCCCAUGGGCAUCACAUCUUUCAGCAAGAGGGUCCAGAAGAGCAUCUCGCAGAAGAAGGUCCAGCUGCACGUGGACAGGAGCCUCAGGUGAACGCUGUCCGACGUUACGGAGGACACUACAAACUGCAGAGCAGGCCAGGCUUCAGUAAGCCCCAGUGAGCAGAAACCAUCAGCCAAGGCUUCAGGCACAGACCUGCGAGUGAAAACGAGACCCUCCUUACUUUUCUACCCGGUGAAGAGCGACCACAGCGCACAAACCGGACCAGAAAUGAGGGGCGGCAAGCGGCUCCAGUGAGGCUGGAGCACGUCUUCAAUGGGUAAGUGCAGUGCUUAAUGCACAGUGAUGUCGGCUGCACUUAAGCCCGUGAAGGCUGUUCAGUUUUACUGUAAAUAAAAAGCUUGAUGAAUACGGUAAAUCUUUGAGGUCAGGAGGAUUACAUCCUCCUGAUGCAGCAUGUUUACAUGCAGACUUUUAAGCCAACUGCUGGACUAAAAAAAAAAAAAAAGGAAAGAAAAAGCAUGAUCAGAAAAAGAAUGAAAGGAAAACAAUGUAUGGCCUCAUCAGCGAAGCAUGAAGUCAGUUCUCCUGCAAAUGUGGGUGACAGCAAUCUUGGCAGUCACUGUGAUCCCACGCUGCCUCACGCGAGGGGUAGCCCUGCACCAGCAGCCUGCGGCUGGAGGCGGACCUGCGUGAGCAGACCCGUCUGCUGGGGACACAGACCCCCGCUUUGCUGCCAGCUUUGUCGCUUGUCAGCAAGUCCUUUUGACGCGGGUCCCUCGCCGGCCCUGUGCCUGGCACACAGUAGGCACUCAGGCGGCAUCUGCUGGCUGAUCGAGCUGUCACUACAGUGCCAGACUUGUCACAUCUGGUCCCCAGCUCCAGGCGCCGAGACCCCUGCCGUUUCUGUUGCUCAGCACACGUAGUAGAGGAAACCCGGAUGCACCAACAGGAGGUUUCAGGUCAGGCGAGGUUUGAGGCAGUCCAAUGCGCCCAGCCGUAUUGUGGAGGGUCCAGAACCACACAUGCAGAGCCCCUCCCGGGAGCCGCGGCCCCUGGUCCUCCCAUCCACGCUUCAUUCUGCGGGCAGAGUUACGUGUUACGACGUCAGCCGUUCUCCUGGGCCAGAAAUGCUUUGACAGAUGGAUGUACGUAGUGGUUUGGGGCUCAUGUUUUCAGAAGUACUAAUCCUUAAUUGAGAGCCACAAGAAAGCCGCCAAGGACCGUGUGGUUCCUGCCCCCGAGUCCAGCCCUGGGGUGGAAGUUCUGACCAGCCUUGACCUUCUGCACUGGGGGGUCGGCAACGAAGCACGGCUUUGAGCAACACAGGCCAGUACCAUCUGAUGCUCGUUCUUGUGAGCACCUUGCCUGUCUUUCAGGGGGAACGAUUGCUAACACAACUUUUUUAACUAUUAACAAUUACCUGAUUUUUUCUUUAUGUUCAAAAACUCAGAUCCGUAUAUCUAAUUCUAUCAGAACCAAAGUAUCCUUUGAAAAUAAAGCUUUAUAUCC